GAUUACAGUUUAAUGCUGACAAAUGUACAAGUUUUGGACAGUAAAAUGGUGACAUUUGCUACUGUGUAGAUGUAGGAAAUUAGCCCAGAAGUUAAAGGAUUCAGAGUUUUACAAGGUAAUUGCAAGCAUCUUGAAGAAAAGCACACACGUUUAGUAGUGGAUGAGGAACAUAAAAGACGUAAGGAGUCUUACAUUUGCAAUCAUUACUCAAUAUAAAUUAAAUCUGUCAAGCCUCAGCUAAAGAUAUUGGUCCUGAAAUGGAUAAAAACAUACAAAUCUGUGUUCUUUAAAUGUAGACAAAUACUUGGUCACACCCAAAAAGGUUCAGAGAUGGCACAGUUUCCUAUGUUAUGCACUGUGUCAUGUAAAAGGAUGAAAAGCACAGGAAAUUCCAAGCUAUCGAAGUCUGUCUUCUUAUUUUACUUUUUUGCUGUGUGCACAAUAGCAAACAGAAUACUGGCAAGUCUAGUAUCAAAUAUUAUGUCUAGUAUCAAAUAAAAUUAAAAGUGUGCAUACUCUGUUUCUGUCAUUAUGAAGACCAAGCACCUGACACAGGGUUUUAGAAUUACAGUUAAGCACUCUGCUACUUUGGAUUAUAUCUUUUAUUGUGUAUAAACAUGAUAAUAACGAGUCUUCUGUCACUGUGAACACUGCUCUCUACUGGCCACAUGGCCAAGGAAAUGUGUAGCUUUGGAUCACAUUUCAGGGAUUUUUUCAGUGUAUGUGAAGAAUGUCUAAGUUAAUUCUCUAUCCCGAACCUACAUAUGCAUACACACAUGCAUGAAUGUGCAAAUAUAUGUAUGAUCAUACACAUAAGUGGUUACACCCAUAUAAAAAAAACAAAUCAUCAGAAUAUCUAAUACAUGAAGUCUAGUCUCAUCUUUAAAUAAAUGGAUAUAAUGUAUCCCAGAAGAAUAAAUAAAUAAAUGAACGACAGCUCAUUUCAGUAAGAAUUUUCCACCCGUCUGGUGCAAAAUGUCUCAGAGUUUUUCUGCAGUCAUGAUUAGCUGCUGCUCAGCUCAGACAACAACAGCUGUAAGCCAGUUUAAAGUUUAAUGAGGAUUCGGUUACACAAGCUCGCUUCAAGCUAGCCUGUAAAAACAUAAUACACUGUAAAAAUGUGCAUGUGUGCAGUAUGUGUGUAUCCACGCACACACACACACACACACACACACACACACACAGACACACACAUUAGAUUAGAGUCUAUGACACUUGGGUCAGUGGGUCAGCGAGGCUAAAUUACAUAACAUCAGAGUUUAAUCAGCUCUCAUAUGCUUACACCUUUGAGAGUCAGAGGUCUGUUUCCUUUUCUAAAUUUGAAUAAGUGAAAGUCAACUCUGUCACUGUUUAACUGUAACAGUGUGUUCAGCACUGACAGAUUCCCAGGUCAGAAAAGGUAAUGCAAUCUCUGGCCGUGUACAUGCCUGACAUCUGAUGAUCCGGCUCACAUAGAUGUUCUUGUAUUUGUGAUUAGCAGGCUGUCCAGAUAACACAGAAUAAAGGAGAUUUACAGAACAUCAUUACAGUCCAAGGCCAAAGGGAGGAGUGGUAUGAAGCAGUAAUCCUUUUAAUAAUAAUGUUCCUUUUUUAAUAGUUGAGGCUAUUUGGAGAAAGUAUUUGUCCAGCCAAAUAACUGCAGUAUAAAAUCUAAAACUCUUGGGGCCAGAUAAAUAAGGCUUUCUUUUUUCAGUCUUAACAAAGGAAAGUCCAAUGAAAAAGUUUAUUAGAUGAAGAAGUUUAGGAAUGCAAUGCAUACACAUCCACUUAAGAUUUCUUAUAAACAAGAAUUUGUGAUAUAGAGCACUGUGAUUUUAUUUCAUGACAUGAAGUGGUUUGCUGUAGAGUGAACUCAAAGUGUCCUUUUAAAUUCUGCUGUUGUGCUGACAGCCAAACAUGUCUGUGUAAACAGGUUUACCCAAGGCCAGCUGAUGCUAGUGCGCUCUCAUUUAAUUAGCCUGUGCUAAAUCUCUUUAAGGCAUGAAAUCACCCCCACAGCAAUCCGCAUAAAAUCUCUCCUCCUUACUUGGUUCAGUCAAAUCAGCCCGCACGCCCUUGGUCUCUAAAAACACGAGCAUCGCCACAACAGUCACACCAUGUCCUGCACAUCCCCAUGCUGAACAAGACAAAGCCCAGAGGACAUGCAAAUGUGCAUGUGCCAAUAUCCAUGUGCCCGUGAAAACUAGUAUCUCAACAACACGCUUUUUUUCAUACUGAAGGUUCACAGUUUUACAAUCAAUCUGCCUGAGUUAUUCCAUCUGUGCUGGCAGGAUAUUACCAUUACAAAAAGAUAUUCUAACACAGAGGGAAAAACUAAAAAAAGACUUCUGUAACUACUCUGACACGAGGUUGAUUCAAAUGUUUAUCUCAGUGUUGGAAUGAUUAAAGUUUUCUGAAUACUAAUAAGUAAAAAAUUCUCACUGAACUGCUGCAGCUACAGACUUGUCAAUCUCUUAAUGUGGCGGUGCAAACCAAAUCCAAAGUAUAAAGCGCAUAAAAAAUACAGCAAGAACAAUAAAGUAUGCUGUUUAAUGUUAGAGGAUUUAAAGACUUUGGUGGCACGUGCACAGACAGCUAUCCUACUUGGAAGCAGCCACUUAGAGAUCAGUUAAAAAAGAGGAGGAGGGAGAGAGAGUGGGGGAGGCGAGAAGGUCAGCAUCUUGCCAGCUGAGGUGACUAAGACUGGACUCAGAGCUGUGGGAAAAGCAGGACACGGGAGGUUUUGUUAGCAGGGUUUAACUUUAUCUGACUGCUACUAAAAGUCCUAGUGCAAAAAGGCUGGAAAAAAGGAGACAGAUUCACAGGAGGAGCUGUGUGAAAUAAUCAGAAGCUCCUGUUGUUGCUGUAUUGAGGCAUCAUGACACAACAGGUCAGUGGCUUACUGUUCUUCAAACCCUUCUUUCAGAAGACACCUGUCAGAGUGGACAGCCCUCUGCAACAGAGGCGGCACACACUCCCAGCCAGCGAGUUCAGGAAUCUCACACCACAGGAUGCCAUCAGUGUGUUUGAGAUUGAAAGAGAAGCAUUUAUAUCUGUGUCUGGAGAGUGUCCACUUACCCUGGAUGAAGUUCUUAACUUCCUGGGUCAGUGCCCUGAGCUGUCUCUGGGCUGGUUUGAAGAGGGACAGCUGGUAGCUUUCAUCAUUGGCUCUGGCUGGGACAAGGAGAGGCUUUCACAGGAGGCCAUGACUCAGCAUGUCCCAGACAGCUCCACUGUGCACAUCCAUGUGCUGUCUGUGCACCGCCACUGUCGCCAGCAGGGAAAGGGCUCCAUCAUCUUGUGGCGCUACUUGCAGUACGUGAGCUGCAUGCCGGGCCUCCGUCGAGCUCUGCUGAUCUGUGAGGAUUUCCUCGUGCCCUUCUACCUCAAGGCUGGCUUCAAGGAGAUAGGGCCAUCAGCCAUCACAGUAUCUAACAUGCACUUCCAAGAGAUGGAGUACACUCUAUGUGGACAGGCUUACGCACGGCGGAACAGCGACUGCUAGUCCUUCAAUCCUUACCCUCCACUCUCCACUCCACUUAUUUCUAACAUGGACUCUUGUUAAGCACAAAAUACUGCAGCCAGAGAAAAGAGGACGUGAGUAUAGCCUAAUGCGUCCCCUGAUCCACUGAACAUGGAGUGCAGUCUGUGUUAAGGCCUGAGAGGAACAACAGUGGAUUUAGGUGCUCAAGCAAUAAAAUGAACCUGUUGCUUUUCUCAGUUAUCUAUUUAUCUAGUCUUCUGUCACUUGUACAAUAAAUUAACAUUGUUUUAGUUUUUUAUAGAAGGCAAUUACUGUAAACAACAUCUCAGUGUAAAUAAAGUUCUAUUUUUAUAAACCAUACAAAUCCAAGCUGUAAUACAAUUCCAUAGCUUGUUGCGGUUUUGUUUGAAUUCUUAUGGGUUUAAAUACUUUAAAGCAAUCUCCAUCAUGUGCUCAAGCAGGAGAGGCAGACAUUUUCAUUUUGUAGAUUUUUUUUUACUUUUCUUUUCAAAUACAUGUGAGUAGACAGGUAGCUAAAACACUACCGUGUUCAAAACAGUAAUCACUUCUUGAGAAGCAAUAAACGAAAAAAAAAAAAAGAGAGAUAACAUUCGAGUGCUCAGCAUAAUGUAACAAAAAUAUGGCAGUAGUUGGUACAUUUAUCAACAAGGCACCAAAGGUAUCAAUAUCUGAUUUUUGUCCCUGCUUUUGUAUGAGGUCGCCUGGAUAAUAAUAUUAAUAAAUCUUUUGCCUGGAGGGUGAAUGUACAAAAAAAAGGGAAAAAAAAUCUUCAUUGUUCCAGCGCUGGCUUUUCUCAUUUCUGCAGAAGGACAGCUAGGUGUUUUGA